AUAGUCCAAAGUCACAUAAACGCCGACAGGCCGGCUCUUCGAAACAAAACCCUAGCAGCGGUGGGUUUGAUCCCCCAGUCCAGACUUCUCGAUUCUUAACGCGACACUUACAUUGAGAGCAAGCGAAAUCUCGAUCCGAGAUGAAGUUCAACAUUGCGAAUCCCACCACCGGGUGCCAGAAGAAGCUCGAGAUCGACGAUGAUCAGAAACUGCGAGCAUUUUAUGACAAGAGAAUCUCACAGGAAGUCAGCGGAGAUGCCCUUGGAGAGGAAUUCAAGGGUUAUGUCUUCAAAAUCAUGGGAGGAUGUGACAAGCAGGGAUUCCCCAUGAAGCAGGGAGUAUUGACGCCUGGACGUGUUCGGCUACUACUUAGCAGAGGAACUCCGUGUUUCCGUGGAUAUGGCAGGCGCAAUGGGGAGCGGAGGAGGAAAUCUGUUCGUGGCUGUAUUGUGAGCCCUGACCUUUCUGUUUUGAACCUUGUCAUUGUAAAGAAAGGUGAAAAUGAUCUUCCUGGGUUGACUGACGUUGAGAAACCUAGAAUGAGAGGACCAAAGAGGGCCUCUAAGAUCCGCAAACUCUUCAAUCUCUCCAAGGAAGAUGAUGUCCGAAAAUAUGUCAAUACUUAUCGCCGGAACUUCACUACCAAGUCAGGGAAGAAGUGCAGCAAGGCACCGAAGAUCCAGAGGCUUGUGACUCCCCUUGCGUUGCAGAGGAAGCGUGCCAGGAUUGCGGAGAAGAAGAGGAGAAUCGUUAAGGCCAAAGCUGAGGCUGCAGAGUACCAAAAGCUUCUUGCAUCGAGACUGAAGGAACAGAGAGAACGCAGGAGUGAGAGCUUGGCAAAGCGCAGAUCGAAGCUUUCUGCUGCAUCGAAGCCUUCCGUGGCUGCCCAAGCCUGAUUUUGAAUGGAUAAGUAAAAUUUUGAUUUAGACUGGACUCCCAUUUGUUUCAUAAAAUUUAUUGUCGUUUAUUGCGGUUUUCAUUUCAAGUUUGGUGUUUUUGGAUAAUUUUAAUUCAUGAGGUAUAUUUUGUGUAUGAUAAAUCACUUGCUUUCGAAUCAAUU